AUGCAAACAAAAAGAAACACCAUCCCUUUGGGGGGCCCCAAAGCUAAACCUGCUGCAGCAGAUGAUGACUUGCUGCUGCAGCAGCAGCAGCAGCAGCAGCAGCAGCAGCAGCAGCAGCAGCAGCAGCAGCAGCAGGGAGAGGGUGCUGCUGCUGCAAAAGAAAAAGUCAAAAAGCAGCAGCAGCAGCAGCAGCAGCAGCAGCAGCAGCAGCAGCAGGGAGAGGGAGCUGCUGCUGCAAAAGAAAAAGUCAAAAAGCAGCAGCAGCAGCAGCAGCAGCAGGUGCAGCAGCAGCAGCAGCAGCAGCAGCAGGUGCAGCAACAGCAGCAGCAGGUGCAGCAGCAGGAGCGGCAGCAGAUGCAGCAGCAGGAGCGGCAGCAGGUGCAGCAGCAGCAGCAGCAGCAACAGCAACAGCUGCUGCUGCUGCUGCUGCAGCUGAGACAAUUGCUACAGCACCAAACCCUCGCGAGGGUUUAG